AUGGAAAUAGAGGCCUUAGAAUUUUUAUUAUCUCUCUCUUUCUCUCUCUCUUUCACUCUCUCUCUCUAUCUAUCUACAUAUGUGCUACUUACACAUCAUCUAUCGGUGUCCGAUUCUCUCUGUGACCUCUGGUUCUUCUUGAGCGAGAAAAAGCUGAGGAACACAACCGCUAAAGAAAAGUUGGAACAACUGAUAUCAUAUUAUGAUACAUCCUAUCUUUCAAGCGAUCGAACAAUUCCUGACAUUCAUCACCCCCACCUAAAACCCGCAUGUUUCCUGUGUACUCAUAUCUAUCUAUCUAUCUAUCUAUCUAUCUAUCUAUCUAUCUAUCUAUCUAUCUAUCUAUCUAUCAAUUCUUCAGUAGACUUUCUAUCUAUCUAUCUAUCUAUCUAUCUAUCUAUCUAUCUAUCUAUCAAUUUUACUAUUCGGUUUCUUCUUUGCGUUCACUUCAAUUUCACUGUUUUCUUUCUAUUUUCCCCGUUUUCAUUAAUCAUAAUACAUCUUUCUUUCUUUUCUACUUUUUUCUCUCAUUUUUUCUAUCUCUGGGAAUAUCUUCUUUUUGUCGCACGCGCUUUCGUUAAUAUUCACUUUCUUUUUCAAGGAAUAUUCGUAGGAUUCACUCUACCAAUCGUCCAUCUUUUUUUCUUUCAUCUUUUUUUCUUUUUCGAUUUUCUUUAUGUUCUUCAUAUUCUUCGUGUUUUUUAUCCUUUGUUUUUUUUCUUGCCCUUUCUUCACAUUACAUUUUGCUCUUCUUCUAAAUCAACAUUUAACCUUUCUCAGCCUUGCUUAUCUUUCAUUAUUCUCACAUAUAUUCUGUUUUGUUUUUUCUCCGAAUUUUCUCUAACACAUGAGUAUACAACACACUUUUUUCAAAUUCUAUCCCCUGAGAAAGAAAGGAUUAAUGGGUUUGAGGAAUCUAUCUAUCUAUCUAUUUUAAUAUUGUUCACACAAUACAAAUUUCAAGAGCCAUUUACGGUAGAAGCAUACUAUCUAUCUAUCUAUCUAUCUAUCUAUCUAUCUAUCUAUCUAUCAUACAUUCUUCAUUUUCUAUCUUUUUUCGUAUUAUUUAACGUUCAUUUUUAUAUUCGUCUUCUUUUCUUUCCCUUACAUACGAAUUUUGUUCUGUAUCUUAGAUUCAUAUAUUUUGUUUUCUUUCUUUCUUGCUUUCUUUCUUUCUUUUUUUUUCUUUCUUUCUUUCUUUCUUUCUUUCUUUCUUGCUUUAUUUCUUUCUUUCUUAAGUACUACCCAUUUUCUGAUCAUCUGUUACGCGCGUCAUUACAUCUUCCCGCCAUUGAAUCUCCUCAUAGGUAA